AGAGGAGGACGAGGAGGAAAGAGGCGGGAGCAGGCAGGGAAGCGAAGCAGCAGCGACUGGGCUUUCCCAGUGCCGCUGUUGCCCUUGCGCCUUGCUCCACAUUCACUCGGGAGGAGCAGCAGCAGCGCCGCGAGAAGCUCCUCAGCCCUCCGCUUGCGAAUGAAACCAUAACAAACCACCGAGGGCCCAAUGGGAAGGACCCGGGAGCGGCAGGUUGCGAAAGAAACCGCGCGGCGACGUACCCGGCGCCGGCCCAGAAGGCAGCCUUGACCGACGGAGGGCGCCUCGGCUCGCCCAAGGGUUCCCCGCCCUCGCGCCGCCUUCGGUGGGGGAAGGAGGCAGCCCACGCCCACGCCGGCGGCUCUGGGGGCUGCAGCCGCCAAAGCCAAAAAACGUCGACCGUGCACCGUCCGGCUUGACGCGAAGCAGCCGGCGCCGGAGAGCGAGCGGGCGGCGUGGCGGGUGCCAGCCGGGCAUGCGGGCAGGCUGCAACUGAGGCGCGCGCGCGCGGGCUGCUGUGGAUGCCAUACUCUAAUCCAGGAUGAAUGAAUGUCACUAUGAUAAACGCAUGGACUUCUUCUAUAACAUGAGUAACACAGCCACAGCAGAUGAGUGGACGGGGACAACUCUCGUCAUUGUCUUAUGUUUUGGGGCCUUCUUUUGCCUCUUCAUUUUCAUCUCCAAUUCACUGGUCAUAGCCGCUGUGGUCAAAAACAAGAAGUUCCACUUCCCUUUCUACUACCUGCUAGCCAACCUAGCAGCUGCGGACUUCUUUGCAGGCAUCGCUUAUGUAUUCUUGAUGUUCAACACCGGCCCAGUCUCCAAAACACUAACUGUUAACAGGUGGUUUUUGCGACAGGGACUUCUGGACACUAGCCUGACGGCUUCUCUGGCCAACUUGCUAGUCAUUGCCGUUGAGCGCCACCUGUCUGUUGUUCGGAUGAGGGUGCACAGCAACCUCACAAAGAAGAGGGUCACCUUUUUCAUUUUGUUGAUCUGGGCCAUAGCUAUUUUCAUGGGCGCAGUGCCCACCUUGGGCUGGAACUGCCUCUGUGAUAUCUCAACCUGCUCUUCGCUGGCUCCUAUUUAUAGCAGGAGUUACUUGAUAUUUUGGACCGUCUCCAACCUGGGAGUUUUCUUCAUUAUGGUGGUGGUGUACAUAAGAAUCUACAUGUACGUCCAGAGGAAAACAAAUGUUUUAUCUCCGCACACGAGUGGAUCCAUCAGCCGCAGGAGGACUCCAAUGAAACUUAUGAAGACAGUCAUGGCGGUCUUAGGUGCCUUUGUUGUGUGCUGGACUCCCGGCCUUGUCGUCCUUCUUCUCGACGGCUUGAACUGCACUCGUUGUGAGGUACAGAAUGUGAAGCGGUGGUUCCUCCUCCUGGCCCUUCUGAACUCUGUCAUGAACCCCAUCAUUUACUCGUACAAAGACGACGAGAUGUCGAGCACGAUGAGGCGCAUGAUCUGCUGCUCUUUUGAGGAGAGGCCGGAGCGCCGGUCUUCGCGGAUCCCCUCCACGGUGCUCAACAGGAGUAUGGACACCUCUAGUCAAUACUUAGAAAAUGGCAUCACCCAAGGGACGAUCAGUGGCAAAGGAAACACCUGAGCCACACUCUCUCAUUCUUCCUCCUUAAGAAAUGGACUGUGGCUUGUGCGGCGGAUGCAAGCGGACCAAGCACUGAACCAGCUGAGUUCAUAAUCCCGAAACAGCAGAAGUGUAUACUCUGUGUGCCAGGAAACCCAAACCCCAGUGGGGCGUGACAUCAUUGUAAAUAAUUAUUGGAUGAGAGGGGGAAUAUGCUGGAAGGGAUGGAGAAGAAUAGAAGAGCGGACUUAUUCUGCAGUGUGUGUUUUUAAAGUUGGAAAACUGUACAACCGGCAUUGUGGAGUCCUCAUUCUUCAGAGGCCAAGUUACCACUGUGUGUGGCAUAUACCACUACAGACUGCUGAGAUGAGGCUGGUUCUCACAUCUAAAUGCUUAUCUGUCUAUAUCUAUUAUCUAUCCAUCUAUCAUCUCCACAUAGAGAACUAGGAUAUCAGGGAGAAGAGUUGUAAACUAGCUUUCUGAUUCAUGUUUUAAUUCUCUCUGUGGAAAUAUUUUUGUUUUAUUUUAUUUUAGUUGUUGUAUGGAGGGCUAUUCAAUACUGUGAGAUCCAGACCAAAGUUGCAGCCUGUCCCUAUGCAUGUUUACAUUGGAGUAUGUGCCAUUUUGCUCAGUGGGGGUUUGCUUCCAAAUGAUAUGCAUUGCUUCGGAUUGCAGCCCUAAAGCCCUUUUGAACUCAGUGGGACUUGCUCCCGAGUAACCAUAUAUCGGACUGGGCUCUUCAGUCUCCUGUGUGGUACGGUGUUUGUGCUCCUCCAGUAAACAUUUUUAUUUUUCAUGGCGUAACAGGGUUGCAAAACCAAAACAGCUCUUCUUCAUGUUUAUCUGGUGCCCCUGCCCCAUCCCAGUAAAUGUAAUGAUUUCUGAGCAUCCUGACUUUCCUUCCAAGCUGUGAUUAUGGGGUGGGGGAGUUCAGGAGAUUUCUGCAAUAAACUAAUUGCACGCAAAGGCAGCCAGUCUCCCAAUAACAUAUUAUUCCGUGCGUAUGCAACAUUUGUGACUUGUUCGUAGGGACAGAACUGUUUGCUCUUAAAGAAACAAGCCAAAUAAUCACUGACUGCUUCAGUUGAAAGUGGGACAAUGAGGAUUGAUGGCAGUAUUUUUAAGCCUCUGAUCUUACCUUUCAGCUGUCACAAGUUCAGGCCUGAGUUGCUAGCACAAAAUAUGUUGGAAGUUUGGUUAUUAAAUUUGAGUUUCUGAAAAGUCCCGGCUUAAAAAAAAAAGGAUUUAGACUAUUGUGUGGUGAAAGUUAGACCUGUAUAACAGAGACAUAAGCAAGAAUAUUUGUGCACUUUGUGGUUUAUGGUUUGAAUCCUUUCAAGUUAGUGAGGGAAAAACUUCUUGCAAAGGCAUGGGAUCAUACUUUUUGUUAUUUCAAAGUAUUUUUUUAUGUGCAUAGAUUAAUUUUCACACUGUACUUUUUAAGUGGUUUUAUCUCCUGUGAACUGUGUGUGAGAUCAGUGGUAUACUUCAGGCGAUGGUCCAGAAUUGUAAAUAAAUGCAAUGCUUUAUAUCUGA